AUGGCUGCCACCACUUUUCCCUUCCGUGUGGUUGAGCACGUCACCCCGUGCCAACACAUUCGGGAAUACCCCCGGGCGACGAGCACGACUCAAGAGGAAACGCUGCACCUCUCUGUGAAGCAGUACAUUCCGCUGGACAACCCCAGUCCGCAGCCCGGAGAUGUCACCAUCAUUGGAGCGCAUGCGAACGGGUUUCCGAAGGAAUUAUACGAACCCCUUUGGGAGGAGCUGUUGGCACGCUCUAAAUCAAAUGGAUUUCGAAUUCGGGCUAUUUGGAUUGCAGAUGCUGCACACCAAGGAAACAGCAGCGUGCUAAACGAGCACGCCAUGGGCAAUGAUCCGUCAUGCUUCGACCAUCCUCGAGACCUUUUGCAUUUGAUCAACUUAAAAAGGGAGGAAAUGCCUCGUCCGAUAGUGGGCAUUGGUCAUAGUAUGGGCGGCGGGCACUUGGUGGCCCUGUCUACCAUCCACCCCCGUCUCUUCACGACCAUCAUUCUCAUGGACCCGGCAAUUCAAAACCUCAAGUCCUAUAUUUCCGACCAUACCUUCCACACCAAGGGGACUAACAUCCCUACCACCACCCGUGCAUCCACCUACCGGCGAGAUCUCUGGCCUUCGCGCUCCGCCGCCGCCGAGAUCCUCCGCAAAAGCAAAUUCUACCAAUCCUGGGACCAACGCGUCUUCGACCGCUGGAUAAAGUAUGGUCUCCGCGAACUGCCCACGGCCAUCCACCCCCUGGACUCACAGUCCCAAACCCUACCGCCGGGCCAGCGCCCCGUAACCCUAACGACAACCCUCCACCAAGAGGUCUUCACCUUUUCCCGCCCAAAGUACUCCAUCGCCAACUCAGACCGGGAAACGCAGCGCCUCACCCAUCCAGACAUCUCCCUUGACGUUCCUAAUAGCCACCUCUUCUACCGCCCGGAAUCACCACGCAUGUUCACAUUCCUCCGCUACCUGCGUCCCAGCGUAUUCUACAUCUUCGGCGAAAAAUCCGACAUGAGUAAACCCGAAUUCUGCCAGGAGAAGCUCGAAACCACCGGAGUCGGGGUUGGUGGGAGCGGAGGAGCGAAAGAGGGCAGGGUUGAUGCAUAUACCCUGAAGAAAGUAGGUCAUUUAAUCCCGAUGGAGGCAGUAAAGGACUCAGCAGAGCUGAGUGCAACGUGGCUGGGGAAAGAAUUGGAGCGGUGGAGGCGAGAGGAGGAGAUUUUGUGGAAGCAGUGGGAAGGGAAGAGCAAGGUGGAGAGGAUGACCAUUGAUGACGAGUGGAAGAAACACAUCGGGCCGCCACCAUUAAGGAACGGGAACAAUAAAAAAGAAAAGAGAGCACCGAAGUUAUAG